AUGGCGGCUACGGUUUCAGUGCAUGUGCACCUCAUAAGUGGCAGGACUGUCAGUUUGGAUAUAGAAGAAAAUGCUUUUGUGGAGGCACUGCGGCAACGUGCAAGUAGCGCGUUGGCUGUUGGCACAGGAAAACUUGUGAAUGCUGUCGGACAUGCACUGGAAGGAGCAGCAACACUGAGAGAAGCGCGGAUACAGAGCGGUGACAUGCUGAUGCUCCACGUCAGGCAGGCCGAAGUCAUAGCUUCGAAAGCAGUCUGGGAAGCGACAACUACUGGUUGGUGGCAAAACGCAUCUUUUGCCGCAAUACUGGGUGAUGGGUCUGUGGCGACCUGGGGUAAUGCUGGCGCUGGUGGCGAUAGCGCUUCUGUGCAAGACCAGCUUAAGAGGGUGCAGCACAUCCAAGCUUCUAGUGGCGCAUUCGCAGCAAUCGUGGGCAACGGUUCUGUUGUGACAUGGGGCAUCGCUGGCAAUGGUGGCGACAGCAGUGACGUGCAGGAUCAGCUGAAGAAUGUGCAGAAGAUUCAG